AAAGGUUAGAGGUGAAAAGACGUACACAUACACCAUCUCUCACAGACCCACAGGCCAGCUUAUCUCAGAUUUUGUUAUCGUAAGUGGCCCUCAGAAAGUGUAACCAAAUCACCCCCCGACUGCCCGUGUCCUACUUCACCGUAUCUCUGACGGUCAGCAGUUGACAGUGAAGGCUACAUGUUCUCGCUGUGUAGUAAGGCUGUGUCACGCAAAGUACCAGUUACAAGUGUUGCUUCCAAGUUGCUCCGGCUCCGGUGUCUCAGCACAAUGCGAUUUGUACAGUUUGAUUUCAACGGCCGUAAUGGGCUUGGAGUGGAACUUUCUGACGGUGGGAACAUCGUGGAUCUCUCCGGCAAUGAUUCCUCAAUACCUUCCAACAUGAGAGAAUUUAUUGGAGGAGGGCAAACACUUAUUCAGAAAGCCGCCAAGGCUGUUGAGAGUGGUGAAAAUGUCUUACAGAGAAGUCAGGUGAAGCUGCUUGCCCCAAUCCUCAACCCUGAUAAACUGCUAUGCAUUGGAAUGAACUAUGUUGAUCACUGUGCGGAGCAGAAUCUACCAGUACCAACUGAACCUAUUGUAUUCAGCAAAUUCAACAGUUCUAUCACUGGCCCAACUGAUGAUGUUCCUUAUCCUGAUGAGACAAAGGAACUUGAUUGGGAAGUUGAACUGGCUAUUGUGAUUGGAAAAGAAGGGAAGAACAUUUCGAAAGAGGAAGCUAUGCAGUAUGUUUUUGGGUAUACUGCAGCUCAUGAUGUUAGUGCCAGAGAUUGGCAAAUGCACCGAAACGGAGGUCAGUUUCUGAUUGGGAAAAGCAUGGAUGGCUUCUGUCCACUAGGCCCUGCAAUUGUCAUGAAGGAAGAUUUGAACGAUCCGCACAAUUUAAAAGUAUGGACCCGUGUCAAUGGUGUUACGAAGCAGGACAGUAGUACAAAUCAGCUUGUGUUUAAGACUGAAGAACUAGUCGCUUUUCUUUCCAGAUUUUUCACCCUGAAACCAGGCGACACAAUCCUAACUGGCACUCCUCCUGGCGUCGGUGUUUUCCGCAAGCCACCAGAGUUCCUCAAGAGAGGAGAUGUUGUGGAAGUUGGCAUUGAAAAUAUUGGGACUCUGACCAACAAAAUUGUUUGAAUGCAAAACUGACUGGAUGUUUGGACACAGACACUGCAAUCAAGCUAAAAGAAGAGUUCAGUUUCUCUAGCUUUUUUUAAGAAUUCUUAUUGCAUCGAAUGUUGCUAUGGGAAUACCAUAGGACUUAAAUGCUAUCCAUUAUGCUGUAUUAGCUAUUCAGAUUUUUUUUUCAAAAUUACUAUGUCUGCUGAUACCAUUAAAUUUGACUUUUGCUUAAUUAUGUGUAAAGUCCAUUAUUUCCUAUGCCAGAGGACUUAAGACUCAUUACUUUCACUGAUUAAGUACUGUAAUAUGCACUUAGUGGAGACAGAACUAAUUCGUUUGCAUGUGAGUGUGAGACACCUGUUUUUAUUUUAUAUAUAUAUAUAUUUGUUUGUUUUUUUAACUGUAUCAAACUAUCAUUGAUACUUUUGAUUUAGAUUUGCACAGUCAAGGAACAAAUUUAGAUAAACUUGCUUAGUUUUGAGGGAGGGUGGUUGUCUUAAAAUUUAUGAAAGCAAAUUUGGACACUACUUGGAACAUUUUUCACAGAAAAGGACAAGUCCACUUGAUCAAUAAAGUAGAUCUAUUUUUAUUGUAUGAAAUGUAUGAAAUGUUUCAAAUUCAGACGUUACUUAUGCAGUAUUAUUAAAAAAGAUAACUGAAAA